UUCAUUAACACGACGAGUAUUCGAGAAAAGAAAUCUUUCUUAAAAUUUUCUUGGAAUCCAAGCAAACAAGAAACAAAUCAUGGCAUCAGGACAACGUGAGGCAGAGAGGUCCGCGAAGGCCGAGAGAGCUGAGGCUGCGGCGAGUCUAGCGGCUGACGAUUUGAAAGAUAUCAACAAAGGUGAUGUGACGUACAAGGUAACGGAGAGGACAACAACUACCGAGCCGGAGAGGCCUGGGCUGCUAGGUUCAGUGAUGAAGGCGGUGCAAGGAACGAAAGAAGCAGUGAUCGGUAAAAGCCAUGAUGCGGCUGAGUCAACGAGAGAGGGAGCCGAGAUUGCAUCGGAGAAGGCAGCGGGGAUGAGAGACGCCACAGGAGAGAAGGCCGGAGAGGCGACGGAAGGGAAAGAUGCGGGAGUGAGUAAGAUUGGUGAACUGAAAGAUAGUGCGGUGGACACAGCCAAGAGAGCUAUGGGUUUCUUCUCGGGCAAGACAGAGGAAACCAAACAAAAAGCCGUUGAGACUAAAGACACGGCCAAGGAAAAAAUGGAGGAGGCGGGAGAAGAAGCGAGGCGGAAGAUGGAAGAGAUCAGACUUGAGGGCAAAGAACUUGAAGAGGAUGCUUCUAGAAAGACACAACAGAGCACCGAAUCGGCUGCUGACAGAGCCCAAGAGACUAAAGAUUCCGUAGCCCAAAGAGGUGAAGAAGGAAAGGGAAGUAUAAUGGGUGCGUUGGGGAACAUGACCGGAGCCAUAAAGAGCAAGCUGACUGGUGCUACGACGCCAUCUGAUGAAGAGACACUCGCAGCGGCACGUGGAGACGAAGGCACAGGGAAAACAACUGUGACUGUUGACGUGAAAGAUACUAGGCCUGGACAGGUGGCAACGGUACUGAAAGCGGCGGAUCAGAUGACCGGUCAAACUUUCAACGACGUUGGAGAGAUCGAUGAAGAGACAGGGAAAGUGAAAGUCGUCGUGGGAGAGAAAGGGAAGCUGGGAUAAACUUAAAAAUAUACGUUUUGUGGUUUUCUGUAAAACGAAGAUAACAAGUUUUUCUUUUCUCUCUGUUAUGUCUUUUUCAACUUGACUUGUAAUAAAACUACUACUGUUUUUGCAUAUUUGAUUUGAUUUUCGUUGUGAAUAAGAAAUCUACUUAAGGGUG